AUGUUAGAAUCCACCUCCUUCCGCAAACCCUCUCCAUUACCACCACCACCACCAUCAUCAUCACCCUCGCCACCUUCACCACCACCAUGGAAAGAAAUGUUCCGAUCCGCCUCAUUUCGUAAGCCCUCCCUCCCACCACUACUACAACUACCAUCACCACCUCCAGCAUCACCAUCACCCUCCCUACCACCACCACAACCACCAACAUCACCAUCACCAUCACCAUCACCUUCCCUACCACCACCUCCAACACCAUCGCCAUCACCACCCUCCCCUGUCGCGCCACCACUAGAACCAGACGCAGAUCACUCUCUCUCAAGCGACCCACAAGUCCGUCUCGCCCUCUACAUCGCUAUGGCCCACGCAGGCCUCGUUUUCACCACCUUCAUCCUCUACUACGCCUCAGAACUCCUGGACGAAUACCUCCGGCCAAUCCAAUGGGCCAUUCUCUGCUCUAUCCCUCUCAGAGGCAUUCAACAAACACUUGUCUCGUUUUGGUCUGGGCCUCUCCAUUCCGGCCUCUUAGAAACCUUUCUGGCUGUCCCAGUUGCAGUUUUCGAAGUUUUCUUUCAUACCGUGAUUGAAAUUCGCCAACUUUGCUUAGGGCUCGUUCUCAAAAAGCAAAAAACAGAGCCCCCAAGACGGUUCCAAAGUGGGUUUUCCAAGCUUUUGCGGUGGCUCUUUUCGUUUGGUAUGUUUGUUAUAGCUUAUGAGCGGUUUGGGGCAAUUGGGUCUCUGGGUUUGAUUGGAUUAGGCCUAGUUUUCAGCUCAAAGACUGUAGAUUCAACAAUGUCAGCCAUGUCGUCGUUUCGGAGCAAUAGCUUUAGACGUAGAGCUAUUAGUGCGUUUUUCACUGGUGGGAUUUUGAAGAGGUUGAACACCAUUGUGGCAGUCGCUCUGAUUGUUGGUAUGGCUGUUGGGUUUUUAGCAGGUGUCAUCUUUUUUUCCUAUAAGAUUGGUGUGGAAUGUAAAGAUGCUGUGAUUUCUUUGAAAUCGCACGUGGAGGAGAGCAAUUAUGCUGAGAAAUUAGGUCUGAAGAAGUGGAUGGAUGAGAAUGAUGUGGCUGGAAUGGUGGAUAGGUACACUACAAAGUGUUAUGAGACUGUAUUGGAUCACAUUGACAGUUUAGCAAAGCAGUAUAAUAUGACUGAGCUUGUCACUGGGAUCAAGUAUUUUGUGAUAGAGACACCGGUUAAUGAUUCUGUGAAUUUGAAUUCACCGUCUUUGUUUGAGGCUUCGCCUAAUACUGAGAGAUCUUUGAACCCGACGAAUAGGGAUUGGGGGAUGAUAUAUACAGAAUUGGAAGAUAUGUUAAGAGAAUUGAUAAUUGCUAGGGAGGACUUGGUUGAGAAGGCUAAAUGGUUUGCUGUUAAAGCAAUGGAUGUGUCACAAAGUAUGUUUGCUAGUAGUAGGAUUGUGUUAGUGAGUGGUGUAAAGUUUGUGUUUUCCACUGGGAAUUCGAUUUUGUCUGGAGCCGCAGAGGUUUUCAAUUUUGUGUCACAGUCAAUUUUGUUCUUUUGGGUGUUGUAUUAUCUGAUCACUUCGGAGUCCGGUGGGGUGACUGAACAAGUAAUGUGUAUGAUUCCAAUGCCGAAUUCAGCAAGGGUUAGAUGUGUUGAGGUUCUUGAUAAGGCGAUUUCGGGUGUGCUUUUGGCUAUUGCUGAGAUUGCAUUCUUUCAAGGAAGUCUCACUUGGCUUUUGUUUAGACUGUACCAGAUACAUUUCUUGUACAUGUCGACUUUGCUUGCAUUAGUCAGCCCUCUAUUUCCACUCUUUCCAGCUUGGUCUGCCACAGUUUUAGCAGCUUUGGAACUGUUUAUGGAAGGCAGAUAUAUAUCAGCUGCUAGCAUGUCCAUUAUUCAUCUGGUGCUCUUGGAUUAUGGUGCAUCAGAAAUUCAGGAGGAUAUACCUGGUCAUACUGCCUAUCUUACAGGGCUUAGCAUCAUUGGUGUAAUGACAUUGUUCCCUUCUGCAACAAUAAUUGUUGUAAUAGCAGAAAUUCUAUUACCAAAUUGUUGUGGGAAACUCCUUGGAUACUAA